AUGGAAUUGUGUUUUUUGGCGGAGGGCGGUGGUGGUCCAGGGUCCGUUAACAAUGACGGGGAAUCUGUAACGGGGAAAUUGACGGCUCCUUUAUGGGGAUGGAUAGACCGUUGUAAGAACGCUACGAACUCUAGGCGAAUGAAAGAGAGGCACGUGGGGAUGCGCAGGUUAGAGAAGGAGAGAGAUGAGGGGACGCGUGCGGUUAGCGUGGCAACUUACAGGAACCCUUUUGGUGAGGAAGUUGGUCUUAAGCAUCAUUAUUGUGCGCAUGUCUAUGCCUAG